AUGACUAAACCGAACGGUAAAGGUACUUUUAUUGCCGUAUGCUAUCGUCCACCGUCAUCCGACAGCCGCUGGUUGGAGAUUUUCGACGACUUCCUUGACAAAAUAUAUUCAAAUAACAACUUUGAUGGCAUUUAUAUUACCGGGGAUUUCAAUUAUCCCGAUAUCCCUUGGGAUUUUGAAGAGUACCCGAGUGACACUUUCGAGUUAUCAAAUAAUUCAAAUAAUUCAAACGAUAGCAGCUCACAUCUGUUCAAAUCACUAGUGGACGAUUAUUUCCUUACCCAAGUAAAUAAUCAACCUACUCGCGGCAAUAACAUUCUGGACCUGUUAUUUGCAGAUUCCCCGGAGAAAAUAUCUAAUUUGCUUGUUGGUGAUCCACUUAUUUAUACUGACCAUCUCUUUAUGGAAUUCACUAUGCGCACGACUAUUCGGAGUAUAGUCAAGAAACCUAGAUCGGUUUAUAAUUAUAGGAAAGGAAAUUUUUCCGCCCUCAGAGAGUCUGUCAAGUCUCUCACAUCUGAUGUACAAUCAAAUGAAAUCGUUGACAUUAAUAAUGUUUGGUAUAAUUGGAAAUCAUCGUUGCAAUCCAUGAUCGAUCAAUAUACCCCUAAAAUUCAAUUAAAGAGUAAGAGUUCUCCACCUUGGAUAUCAGGCGAAAUUAUUCACUUGGUAUGGAAAAAAGCUAGUGCAAGAAUCAAGGCUAAAUCUACGCAACUAUCGAUUCACUGGGAGAGAUUUAAAGAACUAAGAUCCGGUAUCAAAAAGCUCAUUUCUCGAAAGCGUAAAGAAUAUUAUACUUCGUUGGUUGAGUCUUUAUACUCGAACCCGAAAAGGUUUUGGACUAUCUUUAGCCAGAAAACAAAGAAACACACCGUCCCAGAGAAAGUUUCUAUCGCUGACGGAGCAGGUGGUCGUAAAUUCACCGAGGGUCCAAACCUAAUUGCUGAUAUGUUUAAUCGGUUUUUCUUUUCGUCCUACUCAACUCCUGAAGUUGGUAAUCCACAGGUUCACUCCAACGACCAACAUUAUUACCUCUCCAGCCCAAUUCCAUCCCUGUCACAGAUAUCUCUGGAUUCUGUAGACGUUUUAGCAGCAAUAAAGACCAUAGACAGCAGUAUAGCUCAAGGGCCGGAUAAGAUUCCAGCAAAGAUUUUAGUGGAGUGUGCUGAACAAAUUUCUCCAUCUCUAACAGAUUUAUUUAAUUUAUCCUUGCAAUCGGGCACUCUGCCAACGGAAUGGAAACUAGCUAACAUCGUGCCUUUAUUAAAGAAAGCCCCCGCUGAAAAAGUGGAAAAUUAUAGGGCUAUUUCCCUGCUUUCCCUGGUGUCGAAGUUGCUUGAAAGGUGUAUUCUCAACAAGAUCAUUGAUCACAUAGCCAGUAAUCUGUCCAACCUUCAAUUCGGCUUCCUCAAAGGUAGAUCAACAACGUCUCAAUUACUCUCAGUUUAUCAUAAAAUUCAAGAAGCUAUGGACGCCGGCAUACAAACUGACAUGGUAUUCCUAGAUUUUUCCAAGGCCUUCGACUCUGUGAACCAUCAUAAAUUUAUAUUCAAGCUUAAACUAUUCGGUAUAACUGGUAAACUACAUGACUGGUUAAAGGACUAUCUCUCGAAUCGUUCCCAGCAGACCACAGUAUUAGGGGCUACCUCAAUGUCCUUACCUGUUCUAUCUGGAGUACCCCAGGGUUCUAUAUUCGUUCUGAUUUACAUCAAUGAUAUUGUUGAAGUGGUCCAUCGGGACUCUGGGAUGGCGUUGUAUGCUGAUGAUAGUAAAUGUUUCAGAGUCAUAAAAUCGUUAAACGACUCGCUCCUUUUACAAUCUGACUUAGACAAUCUGUCAUCUUGGUCUAAGUCAUGGAACAUGGACUUUAACGAGACAAAGUGUGCCAUAGUGUCAUUCACCAGAAAGCACCAUCCAAUUAUUCAAUCAUAUUCACUUAAUGGAUCCGAGCUACGAAAAGUCAACGAACAGAAGGAUCUCGGAAUCCUGAUAACCAGCUCUAUGGAAUGGUCAAGUCACGUGGCUACUGUAUGCUCUAAGGGCUCUAUGCUCUCUAGCUUAAACGCGCGUCGCACUCUCUACACCAGUCUGGUAAGAUCCCUGUUUUCGUACGGAUCCCAAUUGUGGGCUCCUCAGAAAAUCAAAUACAUAAACAUGAUGGAAAGGGUGCAAAGGCGUGCAACAAAAUUUUUACUGAAACUACCGUUUCGCACAAAGGUUUCAUACCAAACACGGCUGUUAAAGCUCGGCCUUUUACCACUUACUUACUGGCUAGAAAUUCUUGACUUGGUUUUUUACUUUCGUACAUUAAAGGGAGAAAUUUUUCUCGACAAUAAUGGCUUGGUCCAAAUUAAACAACAAAUUCGUAUUUCGCGUCAUAAUAACCCUCAGUCAGGUGUUCUCGCCGAGAUACCUCGUGCUAAAACAGUAUCAUUCCAGAACAGUUUUUUUGUCCGCACAAGUAGAAUAUGGAACAGUCUAACACCAGUUGAAAGGGACUUGUCUCAAAGCGCUGCUACUUUUUAA